CACUGGCAGCAGCCUGCAGACAUGAAGCUCUCAGCAAGCGUCCUUCUGCUGAUCGUCGCGGCGGGUUUGGUCCACGCCGAGGAAGUUUGUACUGCUGGUGAGCAGAAGAAGGAGGACUGUAACACAUGCGUUUGUGCUAACGGCGUUUGGGCGUGCACGAAGAAGGCUUGCCCACAGGUGGAGGAAGAGGAGAAGUGCACGCCUGGGACGACCUUCAAGCAGGACUGCAACACGUGUACCUGCGGCCCUGAUGGCAAGGCGGCCGCCUGCACCCUCAUCGCCUGCCUUCCAAGGACGCGCAGAGCAGAUGACGACAGGUGCACGCCUGGGACUACCUUCCUGCAAGACUGCAACACCUGUACCUGUGGCCCUGACGGUAGGACGUCAGCGUGCACCCUCAAGGCAUGUCCUCCUCGCGAGGAGGGAGAAGACAGUUGCAAACCUGGAACGACCUUCAUGCAGGACUGUAACACGUGUACCUGUGGUCCUGAUGGGAAAACGUCAGCCUGCACCCUGAAAGCAUGUUCAGCUGAGAAGAUCCAAAGAAGAGCGGCGCAAAGCUGCACACCUGGGACGACUUUCUUGCAAGACUGCAACACGUGUAGGUGCAGCGAUGACGGCAAGACUUUUGCCUGCACCCUCAAGGCGUGUCCACCUCGCGUGCGCAGAGCCUCGAAGUGUGACCCAGGGUCUACGUUCAAACAGGGCUGCGACAUGUGCCUGUGCAGCGCAGACGGAAAGAGCUUCGUGUGUACGCUGUCACUAUGUCCCUCAUAA